GAGAACGAGGAGUUAAGCUCCCCUUUAACCUGCAAUUUAUUGGCACCAUCAUGCUAUGCUUUCCAGUGCCGUAAUAUAUGUGACAUCAUAGCCCCCCAAUGCCUCUUUCUCGUCCCUUUCCCCUCGCAUUACGAUGAUACCCUUCCGGUCCAAUCGUAUGAGAGCAAAAAUAUCCCAUCCGGGAGUCCAAUAACUCCGUUCAAGAUCAAUACCAGUGGUACGAAUAUGCUAGAGAACCUUCGUAAAGCCUCAGAUCACACAAAAACCUCAACUUCCCGUCAUCGUCUUCAUCCCAGCAUGGCACGUUCGUGAAGGCUGAACCCCAAACCUCCCCGUCCCCUAGCCAUAGCCAACCCAGAGUAACUCCAUCGAAAAACUGCCCCCCACCACGGAUUUCCACCCCGCCUCAACAGUCAACUUUCUAAUUCCCAUACGGCGGAGCAAAGUACCGGUAUGGUAUGAUAGUUUGAUUUUUGCUUCUGAGGGUAACAUUAGGACACGGGCGAUUGGCCCGCACACCUACACGUACAAGUACAACCCUUAAAGGGAGGGAAAAAGGAAAGAAAUUACGACACACUCCAUCCGAGCUUCAAUAUGCUUCCGUGUAUCUUCGGAGAAUUCCAUCCACAUGCGUCCUUCUUUAUCAACUUCAUUAAGACACCGUCGGUCGUUCGGCGCCUUCCGUAAACCCCGCCGCCCCCAUUUUCGUUUGCCCCGACGAAGAUCCAUCUCGUCCCGCAGCCUUACCGCAGCUGCCUCGCAAAAGAUAGCUACAAUGUAUAAUUCAGCCAAAGUCGGGCUUGGAGCGCUAGUGACAACAGGAGCCGUUGUUGCCUUUUACCAGACACAGCUUCGCCGGAGGAUAUUUUACGGGAGGGCUGCUUUAGGAAACACCACCGCUGGAAGCAGCGGAAACCCUAACAAGGACGAUGAUGAUGGGAUGGGGGGACAGAAGGCUAGGCCAAACGGGAAUGACAAAGGAAAGAAGGGAAUUUUCUCGGCGAUGCAAGGAACUCUUGGACAACUAGUCGCGGAACAGACAUCGAAAAAAGAUCCGGAGCCUAUACCGGGGGACGAUCCGCGGAAUAAGGGCAUUAGCGUCGUGCGGGCUUGCGAGGACGGGCGGCCCGAUCAGAGGGAUGCAUCGUCCGACACCCAGUGGCUCACAUUCUCCGACAAACUUCUCGCAGCGAAGGAGUCCAUACUCUCCAUCGACUGGCCAAAGCUCACUAACCUUACAAACGUCUUCCCCGACUGGGCUACUGGGCUGCCAGAAUGGAUCACCAAACUUCAGCGAGAGCUCAACAUGGAACCCGGAUCGCUGGCGGAUGAGAUUUGGAGCGAAGCCCAGGAUCCCAAGGUCAACCCAGAAGUGGAGAAGGACGCGCGUGUGAGGCUAGGGAAGGAUCUUUGUGAGGAUGAGCAACGCUACCUGGCCAGUCGGAAGGGCUUCACAAAACGGGGGUUGGCCCAGUAUCUCGACAUUCCAGAGUCGGAGAUUCACGAUGACGAUGUGCCAAUUAUCGCUACUACCGGGUCCGGUGGUGGCUUACGAGCUAUGGUUGCAGGAACAGGCUAUUACCAGGCCUUGACCGAGGCCGGCCUGUACGAUUGUACGACAUAUACCGCGGGAGUUUCUGGGAGUUGCUGGCUACAGGCUCUUUACCUUACCUCUUUGGGAAAAUGCUCUUUCGAUCGGGUGAUGGAGCAUCUGAAGACACGUAUUAACGUGCAUAUCGCUUAUCCGCCCAAAGCACUCGAGUUGGUCACUUCGACGCCCACGAACAAGUACCUUCUACGCGGAGUGGUGGAGCGCCUGAAGACGGGUUACUCCCCAUUUAGUCUGGUAGAUCUGUAUGGGCUACUUCUGGGCGCUAGGCUUUUGGUUCCGUCAAAUGAGUUGACGCUUGAUGACAAUGAUCUGAAACUGAGCGCCCAAAGGAGGUUCCUGGAGAAUGGAGAGCAGCCUUUGCCUCUUUAUACGGCCGUCAGGCAUGAGAUUCCGUUCAUCGAUGGUGAAAACGAGAAGGGAGAGCCAAUUUCCGAAGAGCUCAAGGAGAAGGCAGGCAGACAGCACGAGAGUUGGUUCCAAUGGUUCGAGGCUACCCCUUACGAGUUAUAUUGUGAGGAGCUUGAAGGUAUGAGUAAAUUUAGUGAUCCUCCAUGCAAUUACUUACUAACCCGGAAGCUUAACACACAGCCGGCAUCCCAACUUGGGCAAUAGGAAGGCGAUUUGAGAAUGGCGUCAAUGUCAGCCGGGAGGUGCCAGAAACGAAACUCCCGCUACUGUUUGGGAUCUUCGGAUCGGCCUUCUGUGCUACCUUGAGCCAUUACUACCACGAAAUUCGUCCAUUUGUAACAUCUGUCAGUCUCUUCUUAUCAUUGGAUAAAAUGGUGUUGGACCGUAACAAUGAUCUCUCGAAGGUUCACCCAAUCGAUCCCUGCAGCAUUCCUAACUUUGUAAAAGGCUUGAAGGAAUCAUUGCCUUCCACGUGCCCGGUACCGUAACUCCAACACCUAAAUAUAUAGGCCCUGGGGAUAGAUUUAUUUAUUUAUUUGCUAACAAAGCACUAGGAAUCACUCUAUGAAUCUGAAAGCAUCAAGUUGAUGGUUUGUCCCCCCACCCAGCAUCCGUGCGCGUCGCCUCUUAAACAUUGGAACUCCCCUUCCGUAUCGUUAAGUGCUCCUAUGCAAUUGCUAAAUGCCACGCAGGAUGCGGGAAUGAGCAACAACCUUGCAUGCUACCCGCUCCUCCGCCCAGGCCGGAACAUCGACAUCCUUAUUGCCUUUGAUUCCUCGGCAGAAAUCCAAACAGCAAACUGGAUUGGCUACGCCGAGGGGUAUGCUAAGCAGCGGAAGAUCCAGGGAUGGCCUGUCGCAAUAGGAUGGCCGAAAGACGACAACAAGCAAAGACAGCAGGAGCUCGAGGAUGCCCAAGCGCAUUCAGCAAAAGAAGCGCAACAGAAGCUGGAAGAAGCUCAGAGAGAAGCCUCCAAAGUGGAGAACGAGAAACCUCUUAGUCAGAGAAAGGAGGAGCAGAAGAAGAAAAAUACCCUGGGAUACUGCACCGUCUGGGUCGGCAGCAAGGGGGAGAGGGACUCGGGCGACGAACCACCUCCAAGCAAAGCCGUGGAGGACGACUGGGAGUUGAUGAAGCCAAAUGCAGGUGCGUACAGCAUGACCAGAUAUGAGAUUGGACAUAAGUGUUGUCGACAUUGCUUCCCCCCACCCCACUUUUUUUUUUUGUUUAUUUCACACACCACCACCACCCCUCCCCCCCUUAUCUUAUCUUGAGGUCUCCCCACUCUCUGUCACGCGCCAGUUUCCCACUCAGCACCUCCCCCCCCCACAGCUCGGACGACCAAGAAUUUCAACAUAACGUGGCUUAACCCUUUUUUUUUUUGCUUGCUUCUUCCUAUCCACACUUGCACCCAGUCCGUCCGUCGGCACAGAUGUGCGUGUAUGACUCAAAGAAACCCAGAAUUCGCCCGUACCGGUACUUGUAAUGUAGUGCUGGGAAACAAAAACACCAUGUUCCGCUAUCGCUGUUUCUCUUGCGCUCUUCACACAAGCUUUCUCAUAAGGCUGACGAAACGGGACCCACCGAGCAAACAAAUUCACAGGGAUAACGGUUGUCUACUUUCCAUUAAUCCCGAACGAGAGAGUGCCAGGUGUUGACCCUGAGAUAUGUCCUUACCUUUCCACCUGGAGUUUUGAGGUGAGCCUCCUCAACCCCCCCCCCCCAGUUCACGUACUGCAGAGCACCCCAUUUCACGGAAAUAUCAUACCAUGGAGCUGAUCGCAAACGUGGCUGUGCCAAAACGAGAAAAACCAAAAAAAGUGGACACCAGAACAAAUCGAGCAAACAGUGGCGCUGGCAAAAGCUAAUUUCCAGGAAGGGGCUGAGAAGCUGAAGAGGACCGUCAGGGCCGUUUACGAACGGAAGAAGCAGUUGCGGCUGGAGAUGGAGGAGAAAAUGAUUGAGAUGCGGGAGAGAAAGGAGGAGGAGAGGCAUGAGGAAAAUAGAAGGGCACACGGGAUGCAUGAUCAAUUCUCAUGAUUGAUUUAUUCUGCCCUGCUUUGCCCUCCCUUCCCCCGGCUCUUUUUUUUUUACAGAGAGGCCCCCUCUUUCUCUUGCUGUAUACCACAUAUCGCAUCAUCGCACCAUAGAUAGAACACCUUUCUACAGCAGUCCACGAUCAUUAUGGUGGUUUGCUGCUACUGUCAUCGCCGUAGGUGAUCGUGCGAUACCGUACCAGUACCUUGUUACAGGAAGGGAGAGUUUGGCCAACUUGAUACGAGAGCCGAUACCGAUAAAUAAAGCUUGAGCCUUUUUUUUCCCUCUUCCUUGUCCUUUUCAGCUCCAGAACAGUGCGCGAACAAACUCUGACCUGCCGUUCCUUCCCAUACCCUCGAAAUUGAUCUCCUUUGUCAGACGGUAGUACAGGGUACUGUACCGGCAGUGCUUAAAUUACCAUACGUACCAUGCGAUAUUAUACCAGUAUGAUGCCAAAACAGGGCCUCACUUUUAAUCAGUCGGGCAAUCAACCAAUUCCCCGCCCCCACCAACACAUCGCAGCCCUACAGUACGCAACCCUCCUCCACGGCACCCCACACCCUCCAUCCGCAAACCGGCCAGGGGGACAGCAAACAGCU